AUGGCUUCAGGAAUCACCUAUGCAGAUAUAAAGGUAUCUGAAGGUUCCUCCGGCAGAAAAAACAAAGAUGCCAUUCAGCAAGAAGAUAAUGAAAGUUGUUCUCUGUGCCCUAUGGCAUGGCUUCCACACAAAAACGAAUGCUACUGGUUUUCUAACUCAAUUCAGUCCUGGAAGAAAAGCAAGGAAGAUUGUAUAACAAGGAAAUCUCAGCUAGCUGUGCUCUAUGAUCAGGACGUGAAGGUAAAAAGUUCAAAAUGGGUUCACUGUUGUUAUGAAUUGUCCACGGGUUACCUUCACCUUGAAUUAAUCCACAGUAAGGGAAUAAUAAAAAUAUGGAUUGGACUUAGUGGCCCAUUAUCAGAUAAGAACACGUGGAUCUGGGAUAAUGGCUCCCCAGUGAACCAGACACUGUGA